CCUCCUUCUGCUCGCUGGCUUUUUCCCAUUUUAAAAAGCGAGCUCAGCGACAGCGAACAGCUCCACUCCCCUUCUCUUCUCUCUCCGUGAAACCCUCGCCGCCCUCCUCCCCUGCCAUGGCUGGAUUCUUCCCCUUCGAUCUCGUCGAUCUCCUCUCCCCGCCUUCCUUCUCCUACUUCGAGUCUUCGAUCUCGGCCUUCCCUGCCCCCUUCGCGCCUCCUCCCUCCGCGCUGCUCGUCAACGGCCUCCACCGCCACCGCCUCCUCGACCACGCCUUCGACCUCCUCAGCCCCACGUCCUUCUUCCACCCCGAUCUCCUCCCUCCCUCCGCGAUCGACUUCCAUGCAGCCGCUGACCACGCCUUCGCCUUCGAUCGCUCCUCGUUCGCCUCCUUCAAGCGCCUCAGCGACCAGGCGGACGCGGAGCUCUGCCUCCGGGACCUCAGCGACCGGGUCACCGCCUUGGAGCUCGGACGCCGGGCCCGGGGCCCGGAUCUGGACCGCAAGUACACUUGUACGGCCGAGCUCGGCCUCGGCCGCAAGUACAAGUGGACCGCGACUGACAAGGCGGGCGGAGAGAGGGCGGUGAAGUAUACGGCGGAGAUCAAGGGGGCGGAGGAGAGUGAGGGGUUUGAUCGGAAGUUUGUGUGGGCGGCUGAGGCCAAAGGGGCUGGGAAGAGGAAUCUCAAGUGGUCCGCGGAGUUCAAGGGGAAGGGCAGGCACUCCCCGCUUAGCCGUACCUACACAUGGCAGACGCUGACUAACCCUCACGGAGAGGAGGAGAAGAGCAAAAAGGAAAAGAAUGAUAAAAAAGGAAAGAAAGAAAACGCAGGCACCGUUCAUGUGGUGGAGAUCGAGGAGGAGAACCCCGGACCCAUUGCCAUCAGAAAGGCUUUUACCAAGAGAUGUGCCAAAGGAAAACAGAAGGAACUAACACGGCAGGAUGCCGCACUGUUAAUCCAAAUGACUUUUAGGGCUCAUUUGGCCCGCCGCUCUCAGGUUCUCCACUGCCUGCGUGAGCUUGCAGUGGCUAAAUCUAGGCUGAAGGACAUCCGAGCUUUGUUCUAUAAUUUCUCUUAUCGUAGACGUAUAGCAAGUGAUGCUGAAGAACUCCAAAGAUUCACCGAGAAAAUUAUUGUUCUCCUGUUAACUGUCGAAGGCAUUGAGGGGCCGGAUUAUAUGGUGCGAGCAGCAAAGAAGUCAAUGGUCGAUGAACUCGAAGCAAUGAUGGAGGCAGUUGAUCCACAACCGGCGACAAAGCUAGCAUCCAUGAAGCGCAGGAAGUUUGAUCUCCCUGAUGGUGGUCAAAUCUCGAAGGAAAUGAUGGAAGGUGUUGCUGAGGUCGUCCAGAUGCUGGAUGAGGAAUGAAUGUGAUCCAUUUACUUCAACUUGUCGCGGUAAAUUUAUGCUAGGCACGUAGACAACUAUCGUUAAAUUUGAGGUUUGAAAGACUAGUAGCAUUUUCCUUUAGGUUUCGGCAACUGCUUUAGUUUAUUUGGUCGGACAUCCUGAACUCGGUAGUACCUAUGUUAUUCGAUCUAGUUUAUGUUCUAACAUGUAACUUUUUGCAGUGCUCGGUUGAAAAUUGUGGUUUAGUGUGCUUGUGGUA